AUAUCUGUGCUAGCACUCCACCGAGAAACGUGUUUCUUUGGCAUUUUUCAAACGGAAAUCCAAGUGAGAAUUUUGGAGCACUUGUUGCUGACAGGGGAUCCUAACAGGGUUAUAUGUGGAAGUUAUUUCUUCUGGCUCUAGAGCUCUCCACGCAGUGACGGGUGAUAAUGGUCUUGGUGUAUCGCUGUUUGACUCGGGUGGAUCCAGUUUCCUCUCGGUCUCAGCACAGCCGGAGCUGAGAAAGCGGGAUCUGGUAGGCCUUUCUGGCUCCGACCUCUCACAGGAUCAUCUUCACGGGAUCUUCUUUGGAGUUGUGCAGUGUACGGAAAGGAUCUACUUUCUUGCCGCCUCACUGAAAUUGCAUGGCCUAAACUAAUGAAUAUUUUUAUGAGGCGCCUUGCACCAGAGAUGGGCCAGGACCAAACCAAGCAGCAGAUAGAGAAGGGCCUGAGGUUGUACCAGUCCAAUCAGACGGACAAAGCUCUGAAUGUCUGGACAAAAGUGCUGGAGAAAACCUCGGAUCCCGGAGGGAAGUUUCGUGUGUUGGGGUGUCUGAUCACAGCUCACUCAGAAAUGGGAAAAUACAAAGAUAUGCUCAAGUAUGCCCUGGAUCAAAUCGACACAGCCAGAGAAAUGGAAGACCCAGACUAUCUGACAGAGGGAUACCUGAACUUAGCGCGCAGCAACGAGAAGCUCUGCGACUUCCAGAAAACAGUAUCCUACUGCAAGACCUGCUUGAACAUGCAGGGUACCACGGUCAGCCUGCAGCUCAACGGCCAGGUGUGUCUCAGCAUGGGGAACGCUUACCUGGGUCUCAGUGUCUUCCAGAAAGCUCUGGAGAGCUACGAGAAGGCUCUGCGCUACGCACACAACAACGACGACAAGAUGCUGGAGUGCAGAGUCUGCUGCAGUCUGGGGAACAUCUACAUUCAUCUUAAGGACUAUGAGAAGGCCCUGUUCUUCCCAUGCAAGGCAGCUGAGCUCGUCAAUGACUAUGGCAAAGGUUGGAGCCUCAAGUAUCGAGCCAUGAGCCAGUACCACAUGUCUGUAGCCUACAGGAAACUGGAGCGCCUGCCAGACGCAAUGGAGUGCUGUGAGGAAUCUAUGAAGAUUGCUCUGCAGCACGGUGACCGUCCUCUGCAGGCUCUGUGCUUACUGAACUUUGCAGACAUACACCGCUGCAGGCGAGACGUUGAUAAAUCAUUCCCUCGGUAUGAGUCUGCGCUGGCAAUCAUGACUGAGAUCGGAAACCGUCUGGGACAAUCACAAGUCUACCUGGGAGUUGCAAAGUGUUGGCUUUUGCAGAAAGAAUUUGACAAGGCUCUCGAUUCCCUACAACGAGCACAGGAAUUGGCAGAUGGGAUGGGAAACAAGCUGUGCACGCUGAAGGUCCACUGCCUGAGUGAAGGGAUUCAUCGGAGCCGGGGUCAGCAGGAGGAGCUCAGAGAGCAGGUGGUGAAGUUCCUGCAGUGUGUGGAGGAGCUGGAGCUCUACUGCGGCAUGUGUGGAGAGGCCAUCGGGGACAGGGACCAAAAACUGCAGGCCUUACCCUGUUCCCACAUUUUCCAUCUCAAGUGUCUGCAGACAAACGGGACAAAGGGUUGUCCUAAAUGUUUCAAGUCCUCCAUUAAGCCUGGAUUCGUCUGAUUGUCAGUCUGUGUUUGUCAAUUUGGAUCUGCAGACACAGCGUGAAGCCUCACAGGCUGCUGACUGGUCUAAAAAUCAGCAGGCGGCCGAAGGAUGAGCUGAAGAUGUGUGAGGAAGAAUCCACUGCUCUGUGCAGAGGAUGCUGAACUGAAGCCAGAGUGUGUCAGAGUGCAGCUCUGAGGACUCUUUAAAGGCCUCCGUGUUUUGACGGACAUCAGUCUGAGAGUUACAGCUGACUGAGGCGGUAUAACUGACAGUGGUACAUUUCCAUAUAAGCUGAAGGAAAAAAAAGGGCCUGCAUCGUCUCUGUUGACUCGCAGUUUAUGACAGAAUUAAAAAUCUGACGGAAAAUGGACCGCCCAAAGGGAUUUUUGACUUGAGUUUUUAUUUGAAGCAUAGGAACUGUUCAGUCGAAUCAAGACAAAACAAUCUUUAAUCAUUGGCAUAAGGCUUGUUAUUUAAUCUUUUACAACACUUCCACUUAUUCUGUAUUCAACAGUUUUCUGAUGUUUUUUUUUUUAAAUCAGAGCACAAAGCCAUGUCAAACAUCUAUACAUAUAUUUAUUACUGUAUUUAUGUAUUCAUGUACAUACUAUCUCAUGUUAUGUGUAUGCAAAGUUUGACUUACAUGAGGUGUUUUGUAAAAUCUAAAAACAAACUAAGGUCUCUUAAAUAUUCAGAACUAGUAUGUCUUUACAGAACAAGUAUAUGCAGCUGUUUAUGUUUGUUUCUUUGUUUCGUUUGUUUGCUGAUAAAGGAGCAGAAAUUACUUUUCCAUCCAUUUCUGGGAAUGUUUUACUCUUACGUCUGAUAACAAAUAAUAUUGUUGAGAAGGAAACUAUUGGGAAAGGAUCUACUUUGACCAAUUACACACUUGUCAAAUCAUUAUUUAUAGGGGGAUACUUACAGUUUGUUUUAACGUAGUGUUGUCUACAGAAGCCCUAAUGCAUGCAUCCAUCCAGACAUUUUAUUUGCUCUGUUUUCCCAGGAUGCCUUAUUUCUGGUUGUUUUCUUGAGCUUUAAAUGUAUGAACCUGUAUCUCCAGAGUUGCCAAAACACAAAAAAAGAAACAGAAAUAGUCUAAGUUACCUCAUUAGUGUAGGCAUGAUGGAGUCUGACCUAUCAAGUGAUCGGCCUAUUGCUUAGUUUUCUGGAUCACCAGAAAAUGAUCCCAUUAUCCGGAGAAGAUUUUGUUUUCUUGAGAUACAAGAACAAGUCGAGAUCUCAAGAAAACAACUGGAAAUCACUUCAUACCACAGGAAGACGAGUCAAUACAAUGUAUGGGUGCAUGUCCACUCUAGGCUUCCGUAGUUUUCAUUUAUUUAGUCAUAUGUAGAUGUUAAUUAACUUGUAAAAUGGAAUGAUUCAAACUGAGAUUAUUUACUUGUGUUGUUAUUUGAAUGUGAAUUUGUUAUUUGAUUGUGGCUAGAGGGCAAAUCCAGAUCUUGUUGCAUGUUUUAUUCACAAUGCUGCUGAGUCACAAAGAUGGAUUAUAUCAAACUGUGUCCAUGUAUUCACUCACUUCAGAAUUGUUUAUUUAAUAGCAUUUCUUAAUAUACA